AUGUUAGGUAUAUUUAUCUGUUUAGCUUCUAGUGCUCUAGGUAAAAGAAUGAAACUUGAUGAUAAAGACGUAAUUCCAAACUGCCCAUCUAUAAGUUGGGAGGAAUCAGAAACAUCUUUCACCGAAGAAAAUAUUAAUGCAGGUGAAUGCAGAUCUAUUUCUUCCUAUGCAUACGCAGUUGCUAGUGAGUCAGACUUUGAUGUUGAUUUAUACCAUUUUAAUGAUUUAUCAAAGCCAUUCAAAACAGUAACGAAUCCUAUUUUCAUAAAUAAUCCUGGUGCUACACAUGAUGCAGAUGCUGGAUUUCUCGCAGCAAUUAGAUGUCAUGACAAAGAAAAAGAAUGUAAAGUACAACUGAUUUUACAAUAUUUUCCAUCUUGGGUAUCCGAAAUAGAUGGCCAAAAUAUAAAUAAUGAACUAUAUAUUACUUCCCUCAAGAGCGGCAAAAUAGAAAAGGAUGUUAAGGUGAAUAAUGCAGGGAUUGGAACAUCAUUUUUAUCGAGAAACACCUAUAAAGUUGUUGGCGAACCAAAAGAUAAGGUAAAAAUUAUAAUAAUUCCUGAUUAUGAAACUGCAGCUAAUGAAGUUGAAGUCACUGGCCCUGCUACAACAGUUGGCGGUUCUGAAGAGCAAAUUAAGGUGACAAUUACAUAUGAAACUACAAAAGAAGGGGAUAAGCUAUGGUUUCCCGAGUUUGCAGGCUGGAUUCCUCAAAGAGCUGAUGCUUUCAGAGUUGAAGAUCUCACAAAUGAAGCAUCUUCCAACACGCCUACCCCUACAGCAAGUUCCAACAAGCUUUCAGGCGGAGCAAUUGCAGGUAUUGUAAUUGCAUGUGUUGUUGUUGUUGGUGCCAUUGUCGGUGUUCUUGUCUGGUUCUUUGUUUGCAAGGGUGCUUCUGCAGUUGCUCCAGAACCAUAA